AUUUCAGUCCGAAUAUCCUGGUGAACCGCUGGGAGUUUUAAUUGAUUUCUUAGGAGUUUCAACUGUGUUUGAUGGCUUCGUUAAAAGCUCAACUUCUUAAACGGUAUUUUAAUGAGUUUAGCUGACUAAGUUUAAAAGCCCCGUCGGUAAACGGUUGUCCCCAUUGGACGAGAUGACGUCCUCCACUCGGAUGAGGUCUAACUGGUGGGUACUGGUUCCUAAUGGGAGCUCUGGUCCACUCCGGGGGGGUUAACUGGAGCAGAGAUUACUCCCAGGUCCGUCCUAUUGGGUCCCGGAGCAGCAGAGUUUACAUAAGAAGAGAAGCAGGCUGCCGCCGGACUGUGGCGCGAGGAGGAGGACAGCUGUGACAUCCCGCGGGGUUACGUCAGCGGAGAGUCCCGCUGUGGUCCUGAUGCUGAGCGCAUCAUCCGUGUUCGCCUCCCAAGCAGAGCGAGCCCGUCGGAGCCUGAAGACCAAUCACAGCUGCGGAUACAAUCCUCCUCUCCCGCUCCUUCUCACCGCCGCGACACCAGCGCGCGGAGAGACGCGUGAUCCUCACAGCUUCUCCAUCUUCUCCUCGAAGAUGGUUCGAUGCCCCACGCUGGCCGGAACAGGACGGAAGGAGUUUGUUGUAGCGCUGUUCCCCGGAGUGACCCAUGAUGCCGAUCUCCCUGCGCCUCCUGCUGCUGCUCUGCUGCCUGGCGCUGGUGUCGGAGGGCAGGAAGAAGAACCACAGCCGCAAGAAGCGCUGGUCAACCCCCGUGGACACCCACAAACUGGGACAGCCCCUGACCAAGAAGCCCGCGGACGGAACCAAGACCCGCAAGGUGAAGACGGACCAGCUGCUGCGCGUGGAGGACCACGACUUCACCAUGAGACCCGCCUUCGCAGGCCCCGCCGUGCCCGUGGGCGUGGACGUCCAGGUGGAGAGCCUGGACAGCAUCUCCGAGGUGGACAUGGAUUUCACCAUGACCCUGUACCUGAGGCACUACUGGAAGGACGAGAGGCUGGCCUUCCCCAGCUCCACCAACAAGAGCAUGACCUUCGACGGGCGGCUGGUGAAGAAGAUCUGGGUGCCUGACGUGUUCUUCGUCCACUCCAAGCGCUCCUUCAUCCACGACACCACCACGGACAACAUCAUGCUCAGGGUGUUCCCCGACGGGCACGUGCUGUACAGUCUGAGGGUCACUGUGACGGCCGCCUGCAACAUGGACUUCAGCCGCUUCCCGCUGGACUCACAGACCUGUACCCUGGAGCUGGAGAGCUACGCCUACACGGACGAGGACCUCAUGCUGUACUGGAAGAGCGGAGAUGAGUCUCUGAGCACCGACGACCGCAUCUCCCUCUCCCAGUUCCUCAUCCAGAAGUUCCACACCAGCUCCAGACUGGCCUUCUACAGCAGCACCGGCUGGUACAACCGCCUCUACAUCAACUUCACCCUGCGGCGCCACAUCUUCUUCUUCCUGCUGCAGACCUACUUCCCCGCCACCUUGAUGGUGAUGCUCUCCUGGGUGUCCUUCUGGAUCGACCGCCGCGCCGUGCCCGCACGCGUCUCCCUAGGUAUCACCACGGUGCUCACCAUGUCCACCAUCAUCACGGGGGUCAACGCCUCCAUGCCGCGGGUCUCCUACAUCAAGGCGGUGGACAUCUACCUCUGGGUCAGCUUCGUCUUUGUCUUCCUCUCCGUGCUGGAGUACGCCGCCGUCAACUACCUGACCACGCUGAGGGACGGCAAGGACCGCAAGCUGCGGGAGAAGGCCCGCGAGCAGGCCCAGGGGCUGCCCUGCACCUGCGGGAUGACCCACGCCCGGACCAUGAUGCUGGACGGCUCCUACAGCGAGGCGGACGCCAACAGCCUGGCGGGCUACACCCGGGAGCCCGAGGCGCCGGACGCCCCCCCGGAGAAGAGCCAGGAGCGCAUGGUGGUCCACCUGGCGCUGGACACCGAGUCCACGGGUGCCACCAAGAAGAAGGGCCUGCGCGGGUUCCGGAUCAUCCAGAACACACACGCCAUCGACACAUACUCCCGCAUGAUCUUCCCCGGUGCCUACAUCUUCUUCAACCUCAUCUACUGGUCCGUGUACUGCUGAGGACCUCCCUCCCCCCCCCCCCCCCCCCCCCCAUCCCCAUCCCCCCCUCCUCAGACCUGAACUCUGCGCGCUUUGGCCCGUUUGGUUCUGGAGCGCAGAGUCACCAGGAGGUUCUGGAGCCAUCCCUGCUCCGGAGGACGUACGACCCCCCACGGCCUGCCGACGGGACUGUGCUCACGUCCGGACGGUCCUCCACCAGCCUCUCCUCACCCAUUCACCCAUCGCUCAUUCAUUCAUCCAACGUGGCACGAUAGCAGAGUUAGAAGGGUUGUUUAUUUCUGAGCUUAAAGGUUCUGGGUUCGACCCCCGGUGUCCUAGGUCCCGUCCAUUACCUUCUACUGAUGUCGGGAUGCUAAACGAACUGAAACCAAUGAUGUCAAUGAUCCGUGUGUCAUGUUGCUCAGCGGAGCUCCGGUCAGGCGUCCUCUCCGCUAACCGUCGGGAAAAAAACUUCUUAACAUCAUCAUUAAGGGGGGAAACUUCCUAAUUCACUUGGACGCUUGAUGCUGGCGCCGGUGGCUUGAGAGACUCAUCGAGGCUCGCAGAUAAACGAGUCGGGGGCAGAUGGCUAACUGACUGCUAACGGGGCCCUGGGCCCCCCCCGACAACAGGCUGCUGGGCUAACGACGGGUUUGGCUGUGAGCUGAUGAGACGAUGCCGAUCUCUGGUGACCCCCGUGGAUCCUUUGGGUCCAGUUCCGGGGCUGGCUGAUGAACCGCAGCCAUGCUGUAGCUAAAGAAAAGAUAUCCCAAAAACACACGCAAAUGACCGAUCACAAUCUCUCAUUAUUCAAUAUGUUACCAAGAUCGUAAUGAUUUGAUGUGUGUUCCUGGUUUGGUUACGGUUAGCAUGGGGUUCUUUACUUGACGUGUGCGAAUGCUUCUGCACCCUAACGUGACGGAGAGACGAGGCUGGGUCUUCUCCAUCACGGUGUGACACAGAGAACCUACUAGCACUGCUGGACCCGGGUUCCCAUAGGCUGACAUACUGCUGCCCAAUCACCAGUUAGGACCGAGCACAAUACGGCCCCCAGUCCCCGCAGCAGGAGGUCCCACCAGGAGCUUCUACCCGCUCCGAUCAACCGCUCUAAAUGCCACCGCCAUGCCAUCUUGCUUCGAACGGGAUCCUCUUGACAUAAACACAAACCACCAGUCGCUGUCCUCAAGACAACAUGUCUUACGAUAGUAAACUCUGAUGUAACCUUCCCCUGGUUCUGUAGACCCCAUUGUCCUCUGUGUAGUCCGGGUGUUCUACGAGCCCCAGGCGACUCGUCUGUAAAGCAGCCCUCGCCUGUGGGAGCAGACCACCUCCCAUCUGUCUCCACCGAGGCCUUAAGACACCAGGCAGAGCGUUGUAUCAUAAACGCUGUUCAUGUAUUAUUCAUCCGUGUGUUUGUCGGAGUCAGGUCCCCUGUGAUUUAUAGCGGGGGGGGGGGGGCGACUGCAGUGUGCAGAGGUUACCGUAGACAGCCGCUGCCUCACCCCCGCUCUAAACUCUGUGAACGGUCCCUAAAGACACGUCAGCUGGCCAGCGGUCUGGAGUCACCCCCCAAACUCAUCUCAGAGGACUAAACGAUACAGUCCGCCCCCUGGGACUGCAGUAGAGUGAGGUUCUCUUCCCAGGUGAAUGUCGUACUAUGGUGCUCCACUGACAGCGUUCCAGGCAUUACUCAGACCCAUUCAUCCGGCAGGACAAACGUUUUCAUUUUGACACUGAGUCGCCCAAAAAUGGAAAUCCAUCCCAGAAUAGUUUAACGAUGGCGAGUGGGGGCGUGGCCUAACCGGGAGAAUCCACUCCUAGGCAUGAGCCUCUGAAGAGUGAUCUGAGGAGGCCCACAGCUUCAUGCAUCACUCUGGUGACAGCACACCGUCGUGGAUCAUCCCUGCGUCACAGAAUGCCUUAACUGUCCAUUUGUUUUUGUAUAAUGUGGCGUCACCAUGGUUACAUCCCGGUGUGUUCGUCUCCAUGGGGGACGCCGGUACCACCGACUACCUGACCCCCGCUGCGACGCCCCGGCAACAAGCUAGCCCUGGAGCGUACAGGAGUUAGCAUAUAAACAACGUCCUGCUCCAGGGGAAACCGCCGUCGGAGGCGGACAUCUUCAAAACAGGAACCGUGAGAGCAGGAACCCCCCCCCCCCCCCCCCGUGGAGCCGCAACGUUUGAAGGCCUCCCUCGGUGGUCUCUGUUUAGAAAGAAAUGUAAAGUGUUAGCCUGCCACGUGAGUUCAGCCGGGCGAUGGGACGUGCGUACAGAGGAGAGAGAGCGCUCCACGAUGUCACUGACAUGUUUACCGUCUAACCUUCCAAAAGUCAUUUAUUAAAUCAACUUCUACUUCCA